GUGACCACCAGCCAAAUCUGUAUCUGUGAGAUUAAAUACUGAUUUGUUGGAACAAGUGCUGACACAGAUACAGGUCUUUUCAAGGCCCAGGGCCUAUCUUAUCUCUGUCUUCAUAAUUAUACAUUUUUAUUUGGAUUUACAUCUAGCAACACCAACAAAACAACCAAACAUUCCAUGAACAUAUCACAAUGACAUAUCUGAUAGUGACCGCCAGAAGUCUAAUAUGGAUCCUGUUAAGCUUAUUUUGCACGCUCCUUAUGCUUAGUGCUAUUCUCAGUCCCAGCUGGAUUGCGGGAACUCCCCAAAAGACUACCAUUAACAAUGAGACUGUAGUGUACACACCCAGCUUAGGAGUGUAUGCCAAAUGUGAUAAACCAGUGGGCAAACAUCAUUCCAUUUGCACCCUUAUGUCCGCCAGAGGGCUGUCUGAGGACUCUGAAUACUAUCCUGGCGCUUGGAAGGCUGCUAUGGUAUUCUUAACUAUGGGUCUCUGUAUUAUGUCUGUGACUGUAUGUGCUAGUCUUGUAAGCUGUUGUUUUCAAAGCAUUUUCAGGAAAAGCAUAUUUACUUUGUCUGGAGCGACCCAGUGUAUUGCAGGUAUUUGCUUUAUAUUGGGCGUUAUGCUGCACCCAAUGGCUUGGGGUACCAAUAGAGUUCACACAUUAUGUGGACGAGACUCGUCUCCGUUUUUAUUAGGUGACUGUUCUAUUGGAACUGGGUUAUAUUUUGCAACAAGUAGUACCAUUUUGACCUUUUUAUGCGCAUGUCUGUCAGUUCCCGCAGAGAAAUCCACCAGUAGCGAUAAAGUUCAGGAUAAAAUUUAUGACGGACAAACUUUGAUAUGCCUUACUUGAAUAAUUGCACUGAUUUUAAAAUACAUAAAUGCUUUAAUGUAAGCCAAAUAUAAUUAUGAUAUUAUAAACUAAGCUAUAUACUUGUAUGUCCUUUUACUGCUGCUUUUUAUUUAUAUUGUAUUUUUAUACCUUUUUAUACUAGAUAAAAUUUUGUAUGUUGUAUCUAUUUAUGUGCGUUAUUUAUGUUAUUGCAUCAAUUGCUUUUUUGUAAUAUACUUUUUUUACGAAUAAAAUAAA